CAUUUUUUACGUAAUAUUUUAAAAGUUUGACGGCGUUAAUUAAGUUAGCACUUUUGUGGAAAAAAUACUCUCGUACACCUAAAAUGAGUAAACAUAUCGGCUUCAAUUACAACUCGCAUUACAUAUCGAAGCAUGACGACUCCUAUUUUGAAGAAAAAGAAGAAGUAUCUGAUUACGUAAGAAAUGAAAGAAGAUGUCUGGCACGAAACGCAGGACGCGAAAAUGUUCAAAAAGGGAACAUCUGGUCUUGUGGAUUUGGGUUUUUCCCUGAUCAAAAACCAGCACUGACAGAGGGCAAAUCGUGUAAAACUAUCGCCACGAAAGACGACAGUGAGUCUGCUGUAAUUGGAGCGAGGUACGAAAGUCGAGAUGUAAGACCUAAAGAAGGAAAAGCGGAAAGUGACAGCGAUGAAGAAGCAGACGUUUGCCUACCAAAUCCGGAGAGACCAGGACUUAAAUAUAAACGAACAAGGAAACGAAAUGUUACAUACAAAGAAGGCGACCACGUGUCUGAGUCUUCAUUCGGAGUUGGCUUGAACUGGUAACAAGUUCUGUAGCAAUUCUUGAACCAGAUACAGUAACUAUAAUCAUGUCACAAAUUUCAAAAAAUAUAAUAAAUGAGUGAAAAAAUAGACUAUAAAAAGAUUGAUAAAAAGGUUCAAAAUGCACUUCACUAAAAUAAAUUUUAGUGUGAAACAAUUUUAAUAAGUUUAAUGGAUAGUUAAAACGUGAAUUGACCUGCUAUUUUCAGUUAAAAUAAAACUUUUCUUAAGCA